AACAUGAGCUCUUAAUCUGGGGAUCACAAAUAGAUUUCAGAUCCUAGGCUGCCAUUGUACUGGACACUAAAUGAAUAGAAUAAAGUAUGCUAACAUGGAUCCCAUGCUAUAUGCAGAAUCUAUGAAAAAAGCUGGGAAUCAGGAUUUUAAAAAUGGGAACUAUUCCUUGGCCAUCAGGAAGUACGAUGAAGCCAUCUGUGUGUCCUUCCAGUUAUGCCAAAUGGGGCUCUGUUCUCGGAGGGAGAUGGCCACACUACUUUGCAGCAAAUCAACUGCCUUCUGUUGUCUGGGUAAAUGGCAAGAUGCAUAUCACUUAGCCCAGGAAAGCCUCAGCUGGGAUCCAUCAUUUAUUAAGGCCUACUACAGAGCCGGCUUUUCAAAGUUUAAGUUGUCAGCACCCGAUUAUGCAGUUGGUCUCUUUAUUCAGGGUUUGAUUCGUCUCCGUGGUUCUCAGGAUCAGUCUCAAAAGGUUGAUUUUAUAGUCGGAAUCUUCAUGUGUAUUAAUGGUGAAAAAGUUAGUAUACACAAGUUUUCUUCCAUCUUUAAGAAUCUUUUGCAAGAAGAACUUGAUAAAUCAACUUGGCAGCUGGUAAUAGAAGAACUGGCCAGAAAAAGAAUGUGGCAGUCUUUCCUGUUGUUGGUAUGUGAGAAGGACAGAUUGCCGAGAAAUCUCAGAGUAACUCAGUUAUCACUAAAGGAUCUUUUUGAGAAAUAUGUUCUCUUUGGACAAUAUGACAGAAUAGACAGGUUACCACAACUGGUGGAAUGGCUUAUCUCUAUUGGAGCAAACAUUGGGAGCGUUGGAGCUUAUCCACUUCACGCUAUCGUUAAACUCUGCAUCAAAGCAAAAGGGAGCGAUCUUUUCAGAUGGCUGCUAGACCAGAAACCAGACUUGAAGGGUAGUAUCAACCAGCAAGACUGCGAUGGCUGCACAGUCCUACAUGUUGUGGCAUCUCAUUCCAAUGGAUAUUCCAUGAAACGUCAAACAGAUGAUGUGCAGAUGCUCCUAAAUUAUGGAGUGGAUCCCACGAUUGCAGAUAGACUGUCAAGAUGUGCUGUCGAUAUGCUGAAGAAAAAUAAAAACUUCAAGGCUGUAGAUAUAAUCAACAGUCACAUAGCAAGACAUCCUGCUUUCUCUGCGGAAUCACCAGGGCAGAGUGAAAGCAAAACCUCGUCUGAUAAAACGGAUUUUCUUCAGGUUGCUUUUGAACAAUUUCUGAAGUUCUGCAGUCCUGAAAACCAAGAACAGCAUAAAAAUUUAUUGCAGGAAAAAGCUGUUCAGAACUUUCUGAAGAAACUGUCUACUGUAAAAGAAAUUCCUGAAGACAUGGUUUGUGACAUCUACCAUGCUUGUGCUACCAGCUUCAUAAAGCUCUUGUUAGAAAAGCAAAUGUGGCAUGAAGUUUUGCUGUUGCUAACAGGGAAAGCCAGUGGAAAAAUGUCCCCAGGAGGUGGACUCAUCAAAAAUUGUGAUCUUUCUGACAUCAACACUGGCAGCAUUAUCAAACAGCUUGACAGAGCGGAUGAGCGACGAGUACAUCUCAUAAGAUGCCUGAUAGAAAGAGGAGCUUCACCUGAGGGGCCUGGAACCAUCCAGGAAAAACCACUGACAAUGUGCUUGAAAAAUGCUGAUUUUGAAUUGGCUUAUUUGCUUCUGAGCAGUGGCGCAGAUUCUCGGAGUGUUUCCAUUAAAGAAGGUGAUACUCCUUUGCAUGCUGCAGUCUCAAUCUGUUUAGACAAAAGAG